UUCAAAGCUCAAUGACAUCUGUCAAAAGAGUGUCGAAGGAUGGAGCACGCCAGUCAGUUGGAGCCAACUUCUUUUAUUUAUGGAGAGUUCUGGAAUAUGUCAACCAAUGAUACCAAUGUAAAUGUUACGACUAAAGGAGAGGAGGAGGAUAGUUUGGCUUUCCAAGCCGGUUUAGCAGUUACAUUAUCUCUGAUAACUUUUGCAACAACAUUAUCAAAUGCAUUCGUUAUUGCUACUAUUUAUCAAUCCAGAAAACUGCAUACGCCUGCAAACUUUCUGAUAGCAUCGCUCGCGCUGACAGACCUUCUGGUGUCGGUAUUGGUGAUGCCAAUCAGCGCACUAUACACGGUGAGUCAAACAUGGACUUUGGGACAAGUUAUGUGCGACAUAUGGUUGUCUUCAGACAUUACGUGUUGCACCGCAUCCAUUCUUCACCUGUGCGUAAUUGCGCUGGACCGUUACUGGGCAAUAACAGACGCGGUUGAGUACACCAAGAAGCGCACACCAGCGCGCGCAGCGGGGAUGAUCGCCACUGCCUGGGUGAUUGCCAUCUCCAUCUCACUGCCGCCCUUCUUCUGGCGUCAGGUGAAAACGGAGGAGGUUACCACUUGCAAUGUGAACACUGAUCACAUUUUCUACACUAUUUAUUCCACUUUUGGAGCCUUCUAUAUUCCCACUUUGUUACUCAUAGCGCUUUACGGUAGGAUCUACGUGGAAGCCCGAAAGAGAAUCUUGAAACAGUCGUCUAAUAAACCGGGGAAAAGACUCACUUCUGCCCAUUUGAUAACAAACUCGCCAGGUACAAAUUCUGUGGCAUCCACCACCUCUCUAAAUUACGGGACGAACGAAACCUCUUCUUGCGAGGCUAAUAGCUCACCUGCCAAUGUGAACCAUGUGAAAGUCACUGUAUCCGACGCACUCCUGGAGAAGAAGAGGAUCUCUGCUGCCAGGGAAAGAAAGGCGACAAAAACUUUAGGGAUAAUUCUCGGAGCUUACAUCAUAUGCUGGCUACCAUUUUUCAUUUACACUUUAGUGGUUUCAGUCUGUGCGUCAUGUUUCUAUCCAGAAUUAUUUGACAUAUUUACUUGGUUGGGUUAUCUUAACUCUUUAAUAAACCCCAUCAUUUACACCAUGUCCAAUGAGGAUUUCAAAAAGGCUUUCCACAAACUAAUACGCUUUAGAUGUUGCAGGUCCUGAAAAUAAGUUACCUACCAGACAAAGGGUGCCAAACCCAUUUAAUUGUACUCAGCUAUAUCAGCAGCAUCACAAACUGCAGCUCUCCAAUAAUUACAACAUGUUAGCUAACUCAGUCUUAAUCAACCUGCAAACAUGUGCAGUAUUGUAUCUUGCAUGCUUUCAAAAGCCCAGGAACAUUAUAUUAUACAAAAGCCUAUCUACAUGGCCUGCAGGCAUGUUUGGAAACUUGCUUAUUUUGCUAAACAAAAAUGUAUUACUGCAAUCAUUGAACAAUCUAUUCAGAAUUAGGCUAUAUACAGUCUGCUGCCUUCCUUAUGAUUGUCAGUUAGUCAUGAGAUUACCACCCACCCAGACUAUACAAUUCAUAUUCCAACCCUAAACCAACAGUAACUAUUUUUUGCAUUAUUGGUAUCAAAGGUUAAUAUAUGUUGGAUAUCAGUAGCUCUUUGACUUGGAGAAACAGUGGGAACAUGGAGGCUUGAUAUAACGUUUAAUAUUUCAACAUUCAUGGAAUGACCGCUGUAUGACAGAUUUAGGAUACGCCCCAAAUGGU